AUGAAGAGUCAUGCCAUUGAGUGCAGAGGCUGCCUCAGCCUGGAGCACAAAUCAGCACCCCUGGAGAAGCUGAAACAUGCCCAGAUCCUGAUGACUGAGGGCCUGGGGCAGUGCAGGAGCAGUAUAAAAGCAGCACCUUCUCCUCACUCUCACAUCCACUCCUCUUGUCUCCAUCUCAUUGAGAACAAGGCGCACCUACAGCCCCAAGCCAUGUCCUGCUACACCCGGUGCCAGCCCUGCCAGCCCUGUGGCCCCACCCCGCUGGGCAGCAGCUGCAAUGAGCCCUGUGUCAGGCAGUGCCAGGACUCCACCGUGUUCAUCCAGCCCUCGCCCGUGGUGGUGACCCUGCCCGGCCCCAUCCUCAGCUCCUUCCCACAGAACACCGCCGUGGGAUCCUCCACCUCUGCUGCUGUUGGCAGCAUCCUCAGCUCUCAGGGAGUGCCCAUCAGCUCUGGGGGCUUUGGCCUCUCUGGCCUGGGCAGUGGCCUCUGUGGCUUCCCCUGCUGA